AUGUUAUUUCAUGCAAUCGGCUUUGAAGACGACCCAACCCUCCAUUUGCCGCGCAUUCUCUGCCUACACGGGGGCGGAUCGAAUGCGCGAAUUUUCCGUGCACAAUGCCGAAAGUUCAUUCAGAGGCUCCAGACCCAUUUCCGCUUGGUUUUUGUGGAGGCGCCAUUCAUUUCCCAGGCCGGACCAUGCGUUCUCUCUGUUUAUUCAACCUGGGGACCCUUUAAGAGAUGGCUGCCUUGGGCGCCUGGGGACCCGGAUACAGAGCCCACCUUGUCUGCGAUCGAUGAGGCAAUCCAGCAUGCAAUGGACGAAGAUGACGACAAGGGAGCCACAGGCGAGUGGGUGUCACUGAUGGGCUUUAGCCAAGGAGCCAAAGUGUGUGCCUCUCUUUUCUUCCGGCAACAAGCACUGGUCGACCAAGGGAGACAGGCACUGGCCACCCCUGUUUGGGUAGCGAAGGAGAACUUUCGGUUCGCGGUGCUGCUGGCGGGAAGGGGACCGUUGUUGUGGAUGGAGCCCGAUCAAGAUCAAGCACGGCCUCCGGAGGCUCAUCAUGCUUUUCCAAUAAUGACCGCUGCCUGGACUGACCACCACAGCCCGGUGAUGGUCAACUACGAAUGGCAAAACAAGUUACGACUACCCACCAUUCAUGUUCACGGGCUGCAGGACCCAAAUAUCGACCUGCAUCGGCUUUUGUUCGAAAGAUGCUGCCAACGCGGAACGGCAACGUUGGUUGAGUGGGAUGGGGAUCAUCGGGUACCAUUAAAGCCUCGGGAUGAUGAGGCGGUGGUUGACCAGAUAUUCGAGCUUGCUAGACAGACAGGGAUUCUUCAGUAG